UAAACGUCACGAGCUAAAACCGGAAGAGGGACGGCUUCAUAUAUUUGAUAUGGCGCGGGAAGAGUCAGCGAUGGAGGCGAACAGUGAGAUCCACACAGACGACUCUCUUUCUCCGACUCUUGACCUGUACGAGGCCCAGUUUUUCGGCUUCACUCCGCAGACGUGUAUGCUGCGGAUCUACAGCGCCUUCCAGGACUGUCUGUGUGAUAUUUUACCCGUGGUGGAGGAGGUCUGUGUCAGGCAGCAAACCAAGGGCGAGUCUGACGACCCCGAGGAGAAGCUGCUCCGCACCCGAGCCCGAGAGCGUAGCCGAAAACUGCAGCAGUUUCUGGAAGAUAAAUUCAAGUUACUCGCCGAGCGGAUGGAGACGUUGCUGAAGCGGUGCUUCACCGUGCCGCCGAACGUCCUGCUGCCCGAGGACCAGUCGCACCACCAGUACCCGCAGGACCUGAAGGUUGUGCUGAGGCUGGAGUCGUCCAUGACAGACCUGCAGAGAGCCUACGAGGCAGAGGUCUGCGCCAAACAGGCUCUGCUGGCUGAACUGCAGGAGCAGAGGGAGGUGCAGAAGGAGCUGGAUGGCAUCCUGUCGUGGGUUCAGGAGCUGCAGGGAGCCUGGGUGAAGGAAGGUAACGGCGACUUUAGUGAAAGUUUCCGACUGGUGAUGGAGUCUGUAAAGAAACUGCAGGAGGCUGUUGGUGAGGUCUACGAGAAAAGUAACUCCCUGAACUGAACCAAAUUGAACUGAACCAAACUGAAUUGAAGCUUGAUUGUUACCACCAUCCAUCAAUGCUGAUUGUUUUUUCCCAUCUUAUUAUUUCUUAUAGCAGCGAGUUGUAAAUAAAGCAGUUUAUACUCAGCUGGUAUACUCUGGCUAUUCCUCACGUCCUGUUGUUGUUUUACACUGACCACUGCUUUUAUUCAAAAAGUUGAAAUAGCAUUUCUGGACAUGGAAGUUCGACUGUUUUGCUUUGCGUACAGAAAACAUUUGUAUCAUAAAAUAAUUAAGAACGGACUUUAAUGAGAAACUCCAUUAUUUUAUUGUCCUUUUUGUUCACUCACACUUUAUAUUGUACGGCAGAUACGUGUUUAUUACACUUGUUUAUUCUAUUGGCUUUUGUAUAUUUUGUAUCUAUAUCUUUGUGCGCUGGCCUGGACAGGUGUGGAAGGGCCGUGUCAAUAACGAAUUAAAAAAAGUGCAAGACUCUUA